CUAGCCCCGGUUCGACACAAUGGCGCCAAACACAAACGUCCGCGCCGCUACACCAGACCCAUAUGCUGUAUUCUCAGCUUGCGUUGCCGGGUUGUCUCUUGUAUUCGUCGUGUUAGGCAAGACCUUCUGUUCCCAACUCAUUGCCGUUUUCGAGGCGUUUGACGGCGACAUCCAGUCAGAACCUCCCAAACCAAAGGAGACAACGACGCUGGAUGACUUCAUGACCAUCCGAAGGAAGUUGCCCUGCUCUCGCUCGACGAGGCUCAUGGCCUCGAUCGACCCGGUCAACCCCCCGAAGCCUUGCGACUACUUCGACAUGAUCUGUGGAACUUCCACCGGAGGUCUUAUCGUCAUUAUGCUUGGAAGGCUGGAGAUGAAUGUCGACGAUUGCAUUCGCGAGUACCAGCAACUCUCGUCUCGAGUAUUCACCAAGGGCCGCUUCGAUCACUUGGAGCUCGAGGAAGGGAUUAAGGACCUUGUUCGGCGGCUCCAUAUGUCGGAAAAUGAGCUAUUCCAGCAGCCGAACGGUUCAAAGUGCAAAACUUUCGUGUGCUGCAUGAGCAAGCAGACGUCUGACAUUGUGGUUUUUCCAAGCUACUCCUCCAAAGUAUGGCGGUCACCUCUGCUUGGUCGGCUUCGGAUCUGGGAGGCUGCGAGAGCAACGUCUGCUGCAACGUCCUUCUUCGAGCCGCUCGAAAUCGACGGCCAGAUUUUCGCCGACGGAGCCACGGGGGCAAACAACCCAAUCCACGAGAUCUGGGCAGAGGCUUCGUCCUUGUUCAGUCCGCCAGCCGACGAGGCUUGGAGAUUGGAGAACCAUAUCCCUACCGAGUCAGAUGCAAAAUCCCAGCAGUUUCAACGCCUUCACUCGCCAGUAGUGAAGAGGGGCGCAGUAUUUCGGUUCAACGUCCAGCAUGGACUCGAAGACGUCGGGUUAGAAGAAGCGAGUCGCUUAGGAGACAUUGAGGCAGCGACAGAUCGCUAUUGCUCAACACAAGCCAUAGCACAGCAGCUCGAAGACUGUGCAAUAAAGUUGCGGCAGCGGUUCUAUGGCGCGUUGAGCUCCUACAACGACAGGCUGGCUGAAACCGAGGCGUCCGGCUUUCAAUCUCACAUCCAGGCGAGCGGACUGCCUGGAGAGAAUAACCUCCUUCCCUUGACCCUGCAUCUACUCCAGUUCAUGCCAAAGAAAGUGCUGUUAAGUAUCGACGGCAUUCACCGGCUAAAAGACUCGGCCAGGAAGAGGCUGGUAUCUCAGACGACCUGGCUAGGACAACACGACGCCACGUUACAAUCGAUGCUCUGUGGGGAUUCAGCUUUCAUUAGUGCUGAUGACACUACUGGUGCUGCUGUGGUGACAGACGACACAGAGGCCCAAGAAUGUCUUGGGUCCUUGUCAUUUCAGGAGAUAAACGUGCGGAGGAGUCAGGUUCCUCCAGCUGCCGAGGGUACAACGUCGUGGAUCUGGGACCAUGCCGUGUAUCGCUCGUUUGCAGCCAGGGACAACGGCACCCUCUGGCUUCAAGGCAAGCCAGGAAGCGGCAAGUCUGUUCUGGCAAGGUCAAUCAAGCACCGUCUGCUGGGAGCUUCUAUUGCUCAGGCGUCUCCCAUGGCGGGGGUACUAGUUGGCGAUUGGUUUUACCACAGGCGACGCGGUGGUGGAUUUGUGCGGCACGAGUCCCUCGUCCGUUCCCUUCUAUUCCACUUCUUUCAGCAAGAUCGGACCUUGUUCCAGGAAUUCUUCAGAUGCGCAUACAGGCCAAUGGAUCUUCAAGAGCCUGCGCCCUGGACUUGGGAUCUCCUGUCCGGUAUUCUGAUUCGCAUCUGCCAGAGCUCGCGCCGUAUCUUCUGCGUCGUUGACGCAGUGGACGAAGCAGAGAGCACCGCGAUGCUGGCGUUGAUCAGGUCCGCGACCGAUUCCGAAACCCGUUCGAAAGUGAGGUUCAUAAUAUUGAGCCGGCCAAACGUCUAUAUCAGCAGAGAGAUGAAGUCGCUUCCAUGUAUUGUUGUCGAAAACCAAAACACCAAGGAUAUUGAGAGGGUUAUCGACCUGGGCCUCUCCUCGCUGCGCCAAACCAUGCAUCACUUGGAUUUUGACACACCCAAUCCAGCGCAUCCCCCAUCUCGUCGUCUUCCGAGGCAUGCGACUAUGCGUCGGCCACGCUAUAGGUCUCUAGCCACUUCUGCAGCCAGGGAGGACAGGGCCCUCAGCGACAUUCGCAAGGAUCUCCAGGCCAAGGCCCGAGGCUCCAUUCUUUGGGUGCAGCUAGUCUUGGACAGGUUGAUUCAGGAAGCUGCCGAAAACGAGGGCGUCACACUCGAAGACCUCAGGAAAUUGAUGAACCGUAUCCCCGAAGAGCUGGCAGAGUACUACAAGCAGAUUGAGAAGGACAUCACCACAUCUCGGUCACCGCAGAUGGUACGAGAGACACGCCAGGCCCUGAUGUGGGUUUGUGCAACUCCUGAACUGGGAGACGUUACGCUUGAGGGGCUGUGGGAAGCGCUGGCUCUCUUGAAAGACGAUUUCGAAGCCCAAGCGUUGGAAGAAGUCUGGGAGCAACAGAUCCCCGUCUCUUCAUACGACGAACUGUGGCGCAAGGUUCAGUGCAUCUGCGGAUCGUUGGUCGAGAUUUUCAACCCUGGACUGUCAGCUGACGAGUCUCGCAUAUACCGUUACUGCGCCGCAUCGGUUGUACAGCUGAUGCACCAGUCCGUGCGAGACUUUCUGUGCAACUCCGAUGCCGCCGGAGGGCUUCAUUUCACCUUGGAAGAGGCAAGAGGCUUUGUCCACAGUCAUCUGGAUCGAUACCUGCACCUCUUGGUAGAUGGAAACUCCAGAAUCAGCUCCGACGGACCAUGCGAGCCACAGUUUGUAGUCGAUUGGCUGAAUGACCAAAAGCUCUUGCGGUUAGCCAGCAAGUUAGGGAAGGAAAGGCAUGCGCCAAUCCUGGGGGCAGCACGGUCUAUUAGGGGUUGGGUACUCCAAUAUCCUAUCGCAGGGUCCCAAGAGGCCCAGAUGAUCUCUACCAUACGAGAUCCAGCAGGCUUCGAAGUCCAGGAUGAAUUUGACGUGGGUGACCGUGAUGAAAUGCUCAAAAUUGGGCGUAUCCUCCAUCACGCGUGCAUCGAAGGCCUUGACACGGCAGUGCAAAACAUCUUCUCCAUGCCUUUUGGGUCGGCGCGGUCGCCAGCUUGUGUGCGGAUACUCUCCGCGUGCGUGUUUGUUGCCGCUUCUAGAUACACAAGUCCGAGGGUCACGGUCGAGCUCGGUCUUGAUGAGGUCGCUCGACCCUACCCCUACCAUCCCAACAACCACACCAAACGGCCAAAAGGCCACACUGGGGGGCCCAACUUCCUUCUGUCCAAGUGGAAGAUACCAAUAGCGAUAAGAGAAGAAGACUUGGUCUAUCAACGGAAGUACAGCGAGGGUUAA